AUGGCCCUGAAUUUGCUGUCUCCAAUUGAAAUCAAGACACUUUCUUUCUGGGACUCCUCCAAAUCGAAUUGCAGCCUUAAUCUCCUCAAGUCCCAAGUUGGGCUUUCUUCCAAAAGAAAGGAAAAUGGGUGCACUUCUGCAAAAAGAGUCCAUUGUUCGGCACAGACACCUCCUCCGGCUUGGCCCGGCCGGGCCGUCAUCGAGCCCGAAAGAAAAUCUUGGGAGGGCCCGAAGCCCAUUUCUAUUGUUGGAUCCACUGGCUCCAUUGGAACACAGACAUUGGAUAUAGUUGCCGAAAAUCCAGAUAAGUUUAAGGUUGUUGCGCUUGCUGCUGGUUCCAAUGUGACCCUUCUUGCCGAUCAGGUUAAGACGUUUAGACCUAAAUUAGUUUCUGUUCGAGACGAUUCGUUAGUUGAUGAGCUCAAGGAAGCUCUGGCUGAUGUCAUCGACAAGCCCGAGAUCAUUCCUGGAGAGCAGGGAAUCCUUGAGGUCGCUCGGCAUCCGGAUGCUGUUACUGUGGUAACUGGGAUUGUUGGCUGUGCGGGCCUGAAGCCUACGGUGGCUGCCAUAACAGCUGGAAAAGACAUAGCUUUGGCCAAUAAAGAGACACUAAUUGCUGGAGGGCCUUUUGUUCUUCCUCUUGCACACAAGCAUAAUGUCAAGAUUCUUCCUGCAGACUCUGAACACUCGGCUAUAUUUCAAUGUAUACAAGGCUUGCCAGAAGGUGCUCUGAGGCGAAUAAUUUUGACGGCAUCAGGGGGUGCUUUCAGGGAUUUGCCAGUUGAUAAAUUGAAAGACGUGAAAGUAGCGGAUGCUUUGAAGCAUCCGAAUUGGAAUAUGGGGAAGAAGAUUACCGUCGACUCUGCCACACUCUUUAACAAGGGUUUAGAAGUUAUAGAAGCUCACUACCUUUUUGGAGCCGAAUAUGAUAAUAUCGAGAUUGUUAUUCAUCCUCAAUCCAUCAUACAUUCGAUGAUCGAGACGCAGGAUUCUUCUGUGCUAGCACAAUUAGGAUGGCCCGACAUGCGUUUGCCGAUUCUAUACACAUUGUCGUGGCCCGACAGAAUUUACUGUUCCGAGAUCACAUGGCCUCGGCUUGAUCUCUGCAAGCUCGGUUCUCUUACAUUCAAGGCUCCAGACAAUGUGAAAUACCCAUCAAUGGAUUUGGCUUAUGCUGCCGGACGAGCUGGUGGGACCAUGACCGGUGUUCUUAGCGCAGCUAACGAGAAAGCUGUGGAAAUGUUUAUCAACGAGCAAAUCGGGUACCUCGACAUAUUUAAAGUCGUGGAGUUAACGUGCGAUAAGCAUCGAUGUGAAUUAGUGUCCUUGCCUUCGCUUGAAGAUAUCGUGUACUAUGACUCGUGGGCCCGUGAUUAUGCCGCCAGUUUGCAACCGUUGAUCGGUUUAAAACCUGCACUGGUUUGA